UGUGGAGACACAAUGUUGUUGAUUCUGCAGCUGCUGCUCGCUCUGACUCUGACCAUAAGAACCGGUGGAUAUUAUUUGUUUUGGGUAGAUGAAUGCAUUAGCAGUUCUUUACCAGAUCUGACAGAUGUGGAGUAUCUCAGGACGUAUUAUUUUAAUAAGGAUCUGUGGGUUCAGUUCAACAGCACCGUGGGGAAGUUUGUGGGCUUCACUGGCUUCGGACUGCACGCAGCAGAGAAAUGGAACAAUAGCUCUUAUGUAAAGACGAUGCGAACCGUGCUGGACGAAUACUGCAAACAGAACCUGCCACUGUUUUACUCCAGUGUUCUGGAUAAAACAGUGAAGCCAACGGUCCAGCUCAGGUCAGAACAGCAGGCUGGUGGUGGUCAUCCAGCCAUGCUGAUGUGCAGUGCGUAUGAUUUCUACCCACCAGCCAUCGACGUGUACUGGCUGAGAGACGGUGAAAAGGUGACCACUGAUGUGAUUUCAACUGAGGAGAUGGCUGACGGAGACUGGUACUACCAGAUCCACUCCCACCUGGAGCACAUGCCCACAUCUGGAGAGAAGAUCUCCUGUGUGGUGGAACAUGCCAGCUUUAAAGAGCCCUUCAUCUACGACUGGGAUCCAUCUCUUCCUGAGUCUGAGAGGAACAAGAUCGCUUUCGGAGCUUCAGGGCUGGUGUUGGGGAUCAUCCUGUCAGCUGGUGGAUUCAUCUACUACAAGAAGAAAUCCUCAGGAAUUCUGUGAAGUUAAGUCUUGGUUCUUGUGUUGAUGCUGAGGACUUGUCUUUAAUCUCAGGUGGUGAAGUAGUGGAGUCUGUGAUCGGCUUUUAGGAAGUCACUCCAGCCAUUUAUAACAUACACUCAGGUAUUUAAUAUGAGGUAUAUUAAUAAAAACAAAACAAGGCCAAAUAUGAUACCAAAAAACUAGAUACCUUUUCUUCUCAAUUGGUUUAAUGUUAUUUCCACUGUUGCAUUUUAAAAGACAUUGAAAGUGGAUAAUAAGGUUUUUUAUUUUUGUACUGCUCUAAAUAAACACUAUUUUGUGGACUGUA